UGCUAGAGAUGGUCACAGGAUUGAGUCCCACCAACGAGAGAUUCAGAGACAAUUGGACUCUCCAUAGUUUUGUCGCGGCAGCUUUGCCUGAACGAGCACUAGAAGUUACGGAUCACAUUCUACUUCAAGAAAGAGAGAGUUGUCUCGACCCCAACAAUCCUCAGCAUUGGCGUUCCGAAAGUAAUGGCAUAUUUCAAGAGUGUUUGAUUGUGGUAUAUAAUAUUGGAGUUGCUUGUUCCAAUGAAGUGCCUGGAAGAAGGAUGAGCAUCAGCGGUGUUGCAAAUCAACUGCAAAAGAUUAGGGAAAAGCUCUUUGCAUUGGGUUUACAUGAACAAGAUGAACUACCGCAGCUUCACUAGGAAUCGCUAUGUAUCGCGGAAGCUGUGCGAGGCAGUUCAAGAUGAGUGAUGUUGCAGUCAAGCCAAGUAUCUCUUUCAGCUUCAACCUAAAUAAGCAAAUGCUCUGUUUGGGAACAAAAAAAAAUGACAGUUCGGAGAAGAAAAGACUUUUAGAUUCAGCUUCCUCGUAUGCAUUAAAUUGAGAAACAG